AGCAGCGGCAGUUGAGUGUCAGAACGGAAAGUGCCUUGAGUAAGAGAGACAAGAGCGGGGCCACGGGGCAGCUCAGGCACCCUCGGGGUGGGACCGGAGACCCCCUGGCCUGGGGAGCCCCUCGGCCUCGUGUGCCCCAGCUGAGGAUCCCUCUUGGCACGUGGGGAGGGCUGGAGCAAAGGUGUGUGGUGAGGACAGAGCCAUGUCCGAGCGCCGGGCGGCCGCCAAGGGCCGGCGCUUGGGCUCCAGCCGGCGCAAGCAGCUGCCUGAGAGCUCCAGGGAGGCCCCAGCACCAGUGGCCAGCCCCGGUGAGGAGCCACCGUGGGCAUCUGAAAUAGUGCAGAGAGUGCAGCACCUCCUCAGCCACCGGGGCACAGAGCAGGCGGGAGUCAUCACCCGCUCGGAUGUGCAGAAGCUGCAGGAGGAAGGUUUGCCGUGCAGCAGGGAGGAGCUGGAGCUGGUGUUCGAUGGGCUGGAUGCAGCUGGCACUGGGCGCUUGGGCACAGAGGAGUUCACGGCCGGGCUCCGGCAGUUCCUGAGCUCCCAAACAGCUUCCAGGGAGCACCGGCGGCGGAAGACGGCGUCCCGCAGGGUCCGGCUGGUCCUGCCCAACCCGGCGCUGGAAGGGGGGGACAGCGAGGAGCGCAGACACUUCGCUGCCUUUAUGGAGCAGCUGGGCACAGAAAACCUCUCUGAAGAACAGGAGAUCUGGCAGCUCUGGGUGAAGCUCCGGCAGGAUGAGCCCCAGCUGCUGGACAAUCUGGAGGCCUUCCUGGCCAAGAUGAGGCACCGCAUCCAAGAAGCCAGGAGCGAGAAGGAGGCUUUGGAGCUGACUCUGAACAAGCGUGUGGCCGAGCACGACAAGGACGUGCAGCAGCUCUGCGAGGCCCUGGAGCAGCAGAUCCAGCAGGAACAGCUGCGGCUGCAGCAGCAGAGCAGGGCCCGGAGCCAGCAGCAGGGCGAGGAGCUGCAGCGAGUGCUGGAUGCCAGCGAGAGGGAGGUGCAGCGCUUGGUCACGGCGCAGAUGGAGCUGGAGCGGCGCUGCCACAGCCUGCACAGCUCCCAGCAGGUCACCAGCACGGAAAACCGGCAGCUGGAGCAGAGCAACCGGGCACUGGAGCAUCACCUGCAGCACCUGCACCAGCAGCUGCAGCAGACCCAGGGCCACCUGAGGACCAUGAGGGCUACAGUGGUUUGGCAGCACAUGGGGGAGCCUGGGGACAGAGUGGUGGCAGAGUUACCCAUCGAGGUGCCAAUGUCCCCACAGCUGAGUCCUGGGAAGAGCGAGCAGUUCCGCUCCGAGAUGAGGAUCAGGCUGGGAUCCCAGAGCAGCGAGAGCAAAGCCAAGAGCACCCACCAAGUGGUUUGGGAAAUGCUGCCAGCAGAAAUAAACCUUUCAGGAGCCCCACGAACAGCAAGCCCUGCAGAAGAGGACCCCUUCCCAGAAUCUCUGAAAGAGGAAGGUGUCUCUGACCAAAGCUCUUUGCUAAGAGAGAUGAAUGAUGCAAUAGCAGCUCUGAGCAAACAUCUGAAGGCACAGGCAGUGGGAACAUCCCCUGCCCUGGCAGACACGCCCUGCCACCCCUGGGACAAGGCUGAGCCCCAAACGGGGCCAGAGGCAGCCACAGCCCAUGAAACAACCCCUGGGGUCCUGCAGGAGACCCUCCCUGGAAAUGUCCAUCAUGAGCUGCUGGAAGGAGACCUGCAAGAGGGAGCAGCCACAGCUGAGCUUCGUGCUCUGGAUGUGACACAGGCUGGUGCGUCCACAGGAGCCGGGCACUGCACGGCUCAGGAGCCAGGGGCAGAGCAGGAAGACAGCCCAGAGGAGGCACAGAGGAUGUUAUUCCUGCAAGGAAAGGGUGCUGGUGUGGAGAAGAUGGUGCUAAAUGUGGCAGAGCAUCUGGGAGAGAGUAUGGAGGCAGAAGAGCAGGUGCUGAUGGAGGUGGAGGGAGCAGGGUGGCUGCAGGAAAAAACAGCUUGGGCAAAACCACAGCUCCUGGGAGAAGCUGAGGAAGUGGAGAUAAGCCUGAGAGAAAAUUUGGAGGCAGGUCUGGGACCACCUGAGGCUGGGCAGGAAGGCAUGUCAGCAGGACAGUGCCUUGCCAUGGAUGAGCAGCAGCCAGGCAGGACUGAGCCAGGCACGGUGCUGCAGGAAUGGGCUGACCCAGCAUUGGGGCUCCCUGGGAAACUGGAAACUGGGCUGGGAGAGCACCUGGAGCCAGAGCCACCAUCCUGGGGUGAGGCACAAGUGGAAGCAGCCCAUGGGGGUGGUGUCCCUGGAGUGACAGUGGCUCCUGGCCCAGGAGUGCUGGACGAGGAGUGUGCCAGGACAGAGGUGCAGCCCUGGGGAGAGACCAUGGACUCCAAGGCACUGGAGGUGCUGCCAGCCCAAGCUGAGCUUGCAGGGAGCAGCAGAGCCGGGGGCAAGGAAGAGGAGGUGGAGGAAGCAGAGCUCAGAGAGGCAGAGCAGCAGCUGCAGGGUGAGCGUGCCAGGGGAGCUGCAGGGUGGAGAGGGAGCGCGGGCUCUCUGGAGCCACUGGCAGUGGCUGUGCCACCCACCCACGGGCAAGGAGGAGCAGAUGUGGAUCAUUCCUGCAAGGGAACAGAUGUGGAACUGCUGGAGGCUCAAAGCAGCACCAAUGUGGAGCUGCUGGCAGAGGUGGAGGCAGAUCUGCAGGGAUGGAAUGAGGCUGGAUCCCCAGGAACACAGCAGGGAGGGGAUGUGGAUCCAGGUGUGCAGUUGGAGAAGGAUAAACCAGAGGUAGGGCUGGGAGAAGAAAUGGGGGCUGCUGCAGUUAACAGUGAGGGUCCUUCCCCAGCAGAAACACCUGUGGGCAGCCCAGACAACUGUCGGCUGUUCCCAGUUAAGUCUCAGGCACUGGAACUGGUGGAGGCCAAUCUGCAGCUGUGGAAGGGUCUCAGCCCAGAAACCCCCCAGGGAGGGAAGGGUAAAAGAGCUGUUCAGCUCCAAGAGAAAGAGGAAGAGGAUGGGGAACAAGGACAGGGUGAGCAUGAGCUGCCACACGAGCCUGUGCCUCAUCCCAGUGGAGUGAGCCUGGAUCAGGGAGAGGGGGCUGGUGCAGGUCUACAGCCAGGGGAAGAAGCUGAAAGCCUGGACACUGUCGAGGACCAGAGCAGUGGUGCCCAUGUGCAGCUGACUGCAGAGGGGAAUGAGCUCAGACUGAGCCUGGGAGGGAGCACAGAGGCAGAUCUGCAGCCCUUGGGUGAGGCUGGACCCCUGGGCACAGAGCAGGGAGGGAGUGUGGAUUCAGAGGUGCAGUCCCUGGAUCAGGGGGAUAAAGCAGAUUUAGUGGAAGGGGAGGCAGAGGAUGCCCAGGAAGACAUGCAGCUGUGUGAGAGUCUCAGCCCAGGAGUCCUGUGGGGAGGAGAAAUUGAAACAAAUGUUCACAUUGAGGAUGAGGAGGAUGGAGCACAAAGACAGGGAGAGGGUGAGCUGCCACAUGAGCCUGUGCUUGAUCUGCAGGGAUCAGGGGACAGGCAGGGAGAGGAGGCAGGUGAAGACAUGCAAGCACAGGAAGAGGCUGAAAGCUUGGACACUGUCGAGGACCAGAGCAGUGGUGCCCAUGUGCAGCUGACUGCAGAGGGGGAUGAGCUCAGACUGAGCCUGGGAGGGAGCACAGAGGCAGAUCUGCAGCCCUUGGGUGAGGCUGGACCCCUGGGCACAGAGCAGGGAGGGAGUGUGGACUUAGAUGUGCAGUCCCUGGAUCAGGGGGAUAAAGCAGAUUUAGUGGAAGGGGAGGCAGAAAAUGUGCAGGAAGAUACGAUGUUCCAUGAGGGUCCCAGCCUAGGAGGCCCAUGGGGAGGGGAGGGUAGAAGAGCUGUUCAGCUGGAGACAAAGGAGGAGGAUGGGGCACGAGGACAAGGGGAGCACGGGCUACCACACCAGCCUGUGCCUCAUCUGCAGGGAUCUGGGGACAGGCAGGGAGAGGAGGCAGGUGAAGACAUGCAAGCACAGGAAGAGGCUGAAAGCCUGGACACUGUCGAGGACCAGAGCAGUGGUGCCCAUGUGCAGCUGACUGCAGAGGGGGAUGAGCUCAGAAUGAGCCUGGGAGGGAGCACAGAGGCAGAUCUGCAGCCCUUGGGUGAGGCUGGACCCCUGGGCACAGAGCAGGGAGGGAGUGUGGAUUCAGAGGUGCAGCCCCUGGAUCAGGGGGAUAAAGCAGAUUUAGUGGAAGGGGAGGCAGAGGAUGCCCAGGCAGAUCUGCAGCUGUGUGGGAUUCUCAGCCCAGGGGUUCCAUGGGGAAGGGAGUGGGGAAGAGCCAUUCAGAAUGAGGAGGAGGAGGAUGGGGCACAAGGACAGGGUGAGAAUGGGCUGCCACAAGACUCUGUGCUUGGUCCAGACAGAGCACGAGGCCAACAGGGAGAGGGGGCUGGUGAAGGAGUACAGCCACAGGAGGAGGCUGAAAGCCUGGACACACAUCAGAGCACUGAUGCUGAUGUGCAGCUUUUCACAGGCCAGCAGAAGCCCAAAUCAGGCUCAGGAGGGAACACAGAGGCAGAUCUGACACCUCUGGGUGUAGCUGGAAUGUGGGAAGGGGAGCAGAGCCUGACUCUAGGUUUGGAGGCAGAUCUGGGUGCAUCUCCCACUGCAAACCCAUGGGAAGGAGCUGCUGCUGCAGAUGUUCCCCCUCCAACUGAGGCUGCUUUGUGUCCUGAGCCUGUCAUUGCGGCAGGGGGGCCUGGUCUGGAAGCAAAUCUGGGUGCAUGCAUUGGUCCUGAGGGGCAGAUUCUGGAGGAACAGGAAUUACUGCAGGGAGAGAGGGCUCCUGCAGAGGGGAAGCCUCUGGAUGGAGCUCAUGGUCUGGAAGUGGCACAGGGAGAGAGGCUGGAGGCAUGGGCAAGGAAUGGAGUAAAAACUCAGGGUGUAGGAUUAAACCAUGAUGACGCUGCGUUGACCUCCCUGGUCUCCGAGGUGCUGUUACAAAUCAGCCCCCUAAAGCUGGAAACAAUGAUGCAGGAGGAUGUUCUCAUUCCAGAUGCGUGGCAGCUUUGUGCUCCAGGACAGGCAGCCCAAAGGGAGCUUCAGGAGCAGGUCUCAGCACAGGGACAUGAGGGGAGGCUUCACAUGGUGGCCCAACAGCCAGAGAGGGAGACACCACCCGCGAUGGCACCGGAGCACACGGCUGCUGGACCUGCUGAGCAUCCAAAGCAAGGGCUGCCACUAGCAUCAACACUGCACACAGUGAGACCAGAAGAUGCUGGGAGGGAUCAGCUGGGGCUGGUCCUCAGAGACAACUCACUGUGGCAAAGGCAGCUCUUGGGAGAACAGAGCAAAGACCUCAGUGUUGGUCAACGAGAGAAGAUGCAAGAAUUUGGUCAGAAAAUGAGCCAAGAACGUGAUUCCAGCCCAGAAGAGCCAGGGGCUGUGACUGCAGGUGGGGCAGGAGCUGCCCCAAGGGGUUGUCCCAAAGCUGCCCUGGACCCAGACCAUCUCUACAACGUGCUGUUCAUUGGGGACUCCCAUGUGGGCAAAACGUCGUUCCUGUACCGUUUGCACGCCGACACCUUCAACCCCCACCUCACCGCCACAGUGGGACUGGAUUAUCAGAUCAAAAACCUCGUUGUGGAUAACAAGCGCUUUGCUCUCCGCCUGUGGGACUCAGCUGGUCAGGAAAGGUACCACAGCAUGACCAAGCAGUUCUUCAGGAAGGCAGAUGGGGUGGUGCUGAUGUACGACAUCACCUCUGAGUACUCCUUCUCCGACGUGCGCUACUGGCUCAGCUGCAUCCAGGAAGCAGCAGAGGAUGGAGUUGUUGUUCUGCUUCUUGGGAACAAAACUGACUGUGCUGCCCAGAGACAGGUCCCUACAAAGGAGGGUGAAUGCCUGGCCAAGGAGCAUCAGCUCAUGUUUUAUGAGUGCAGCGCUGCCUCGGGCCACAACGUCUUCGAGUCCAUGGUCAGCUUCAUCAGGUUGCUCAAAGUUCGUGAAGAUAAAUUGAAAAAUAAGGCAGAAGAGGUACCACAGGCACCCCAGAAGAAAAAGGGCUGCUGCUGGUGAUGGACAGACACCCCACACAUUGAUCUGAAACUGCACCAACAGCCAGAAAAGCAUCAAAACAGUCCUUGGACACCUCCUCUUUCCCUGAGUGUCUUCCUUGCCUGAUCGUCCUUGAUUGCUGUGGGGGACCCCCUGCCAUUCCCCCUGAGCACACCAGCCCUCCAAAAUACUUCUCAGAGAACUUUAGCACUUUCUUUUAGAGACCAAAAUCAGGCCAAGAAAAGAGGCAGAAAAGGAGCCCAGCUGGGUCUGAGAUGCUGCAACGACAUGGAAGCAGCAGGGAGUAAACCCAAGCCUUAGGAUAGAAGAAAUGAAAACCUGAAGUCAUCCAAGUGUAUAAAACAAGGGGGUUUAGUGCUGUUGGUGCUCUGGGCUCUGGGGACUUCUGCUCUGGCUUUGCAAUCUGAUUGGAUUUGAUCAGGAAUAAUGAGAUAUUCAAUAUAUUUUAAAUGCACUUAAAUCUCUCCAAUGAGACAAGGUAAAGCUAAUUUUUCCCUUCCCUGGUUUAUCCUGGCAGUGAGCAGUGAUGGGGCUUAACAGAAACUAUUUAAUGUUUUGCUCAAAAUAAAUUCAAAAGCCCCAAGAGAUUGUCCAGGAUAAGAAGAAGAUCAAUGCUUGCAAGAAGUUUUUUUCAUUGUGUUGUCCCCAGAGCAGAAUUCUAGACUAUUGCAGCAAAUCUCAGGCUGGGCAGAGAAAGAGCUGCUGCAUCCUGCCCUUCUGCUCUUUGUGAAGUACUGAAUUGUUUUUAAAUCCAGCUUAAAAAAUCUAAA